AUCAGAACUUUGCUUGAAACAAUGGAGUUAUCAAGCGCUGUAAAUCUUAUAACAGCCAAGAUCGUCUUUGUUUUAGAAAAUGAAGCCUCUUUGCUGACAGAGGUUGGAGCUGAAAUCAAUGAAAUCAAGCUUGAGCUCAACGCCAUAAAAGCUUUCCUGGACGAUGCUGACAGAAGUUCAAGAGUAGUAGCCAGCAAUGAAACGUAUAAUCAGUGGGUCGCAAGCAUCAGAGACAUUGCCUAUGAAGUUGAAGAUGUCGUUGACGAAUUCAUGUACCACUUCAACAAGCAACAACUUCAACAAGCAACAAUGGAGGGGUAAACCCUCUAGGUUUUUCUUGAAGCUCAUUCAAUUUCCCAAGAAUAUGAUGGUCAGGCAUCGAGUAGCUGUCAAGUUACAAGCUAUCAACAAGAGGAUCAAAAGCAUUGCAGAGAGAAACCAACGAUACCGAGUUUUUUGUUCGGAAUCAGAAAAUUAGUGAUCAACUUGGUGGAGAGAAUCAUCGUAAUAACUGGGUGAAAAAUCUGAGUGAAUCUGCUCUUUUUCUUAAAGAUGAUGAUCUCGUUGGGAUUGAUAAGGCACAACAGCAGUUACUGGGGUGGUUGGGUCAAGAGCUUCAAAGGACCAUGACUUCUGUGUCGGGAUGGGUGGUUUAGGCAAAACAACUCUGAUCGCCAACACUUUCAACAAGCAAGUUGUCAAGCAACAUUUCGAUUGUUGUGCCUGGAUCACCGUCUCACAACAAUAUGUUGUCACAGACCUAUUCAAGUCCAUGAUCAAAGAGCU